GCGACAAGGCACGCCGCACAUUUGUUUACAGCUCUGGGUUGUCCGUCUUCGGCUCACCGGCACAGCUUUACAGGACAUCUCUCAUCACAUAUCGACAAAAUGUGUUAAAUAACCCGCGUGUUGUAUCGCUAUAAGCUACCACUGUGUAUCUAAAAUGACUUUUCGGUUUAGUAAUGGGAGUAUGACUGGCUAACACGACAUGCUAAAUUCACGAUUAAUUAGCUUGCUGGACACCAAGGGAGGAUUACUGGCGCUUUCUGUGAGUUAACAUUAACAAUAGCUAGUUAGCCAACGGACAACGAAGCUAACAUGGGAAUCACACAAUACACGGUAACCUCUGACAGGCGAUAAGGGACUCAAUAGAUGAUGAUACAGAAAAACCAAAGACCCGGUGCAACAUGGCCUUGUCUGAAGUUUAUUGGGAUCGCCAAAUACCGCUGCCAAAACUUGCACCAGUCCAGGCAAAGGUCACUGUCGCCCUGGUGGCACUCCUAUGCUUUAUCAACAGUUAUGACGGGGAGUUUGUGUUCGACGAUUCUGAGGCAAUUGUCAACAACAAGGAUUUGAAACCAACAACACCCCUGAGCAACAUUUGGAGGAAUGACUUCUGGGGAAGCAACUUAAGUAGCAAUUCUAGUCACAAAUCAUACCGACCACUCACUGUUCUUACAUUUAGGUUGAACUACCUCUUGGCGGGUGGCUUGCACCCUGUUGGCUUCCACAUGCUGAAUAUCAUCCUCCAUGCUGUCAUAUCUGCCCUUAUGAUUGACGUGUUCGCUAUACUGAUUGGUGGACUGUCCUAUGAUGAAAAGGGUAGCAUACUAAAUCAUGCUCCCAAGACCUCUCUUCUGGCUGCCCUCUUCUUUGCCGCACAUCCGGUGCACACAGAAAGUGUUGCUGGUAUAGUGGGUCGAGCAGACCUUUUGUGUGCCCUGUUCUUCCAGCUCUCUUUUCUCACCUACUGCAAAGCUUUCAACAGAGGGAGUGACAGAGAUGACAGGUUUUCUGUCCAGUGGGUUGUGGUCAGCCUCUUGCUGUGUGCUGCAGCAAUGCUUUGUAAAGAACAAGGCAUCACAGUCUUGGGUGUGAAUGCAGCCUUUGAUGUCCUCUUGAUCUGUAAUGUUAAUGUGUAUGAACUUAGCCAGAGGCUACUCCUUAGGAAGAAUUCUUUCGAUGUAAGUGAGAUGUUACGAACAGGACUGCCUACACGAUUGGCUCUCAUGGGUCUUGGAGGACUCUCAAUGCUCUAUGCACGCUGGAGGAUCAUGGGAACAGGACCACCAGCCUUCACUGAAGUAGACAACCCUGCCUCUUUUGCUGAAAAUAUAUUUCUUAGAAUAGUGAACUAUAAUUACUACUACUCUCUGAAUGCCUGGCUGCUGCUGUGUCCCUGGUGGCUGUGUUUUGAUUGGUCCAUGGGCUGUGUGCCUCUCAUUAAGUCAGCCACUGAUUGGAGGAUGGUGUGGCUGCUGCUGCUCUGGUGCGUUCUGAUAGGCUUGAUAAACCAAGCCUUAUGUUCACAGGACAGCCAGAGGAGGAGGACACUCACAUUGGGUCUGGUGCUGUUGGUCGUCCCCUUUCUGCCGGCCUGUAACGUCUUUUUCAGAGUGGGCUUCGUCAUUGCAGAGAGAGUGCUUUACCUGUCUUCAGCGGGUUACUGCCUACUGCUAGCCUACUCACUGGGACUAUGCUGCUGUCGCUGGACCAAAUACAGGAAGCUGCUCUGUGCGUCUGUGUUGGCGCUGUUGUGUGUUUAUAUAGCUCGCUGUGCUCUCCGCAGUCACCAAUGGCGGUCAGAGCAAAGCCUCUUUACGAGUGCCCUGCCUGUCUGCCCACUCAAUGCCAAGGUCCAUUACAAUGUAGGAAAGAACCUGGCUGACAGAGGAAACGCUACAGCUGCUGUCGGAUAUUACAGGGAAGCAGUGAGGCUACAUCCUACCUACGUCCAUGCCAUGAACAACCUGGGGAAUAUCCUAAAGGAAAGGAAUGAACUGACCGAAGCAGAGCAGCUACUGUCUAAAGCCGUCUCCAUUCAGCCUGAUUUUGCUGCAGCUUGGAUGAAUCUUGGCAUAGUUCAGAACAGCCUGCAGAAGUUUGAGGAAGCAGAGAAGAGCUACUGGAAUGCAAUCCGCUUCCGAAAAAAAUAUCCUGACUGCUACUAUAACCUGGGACGUUUGUAUGCUGACCAAAACAGACAUGUGGAUGCCCUGAAUGCAUGGAGGAAUGCAACUGUCCUUAAACCUGACCACAGCCUGGCCUGGAACAACAUGGUCAUUCUGCUGGACAACACUGGUAACUUGGGUCAAGCAGAGAUGAUCGGCCGAGAGGCUCUUAGAAUCAUCCCCAAUGACCACACAAUCAUGUUCUCACUGGCCAAUGUCUUGGGGAAAUUACAAAAAUAUAAGGAGUCGGAGGGCUUCUUCCUUCAUGCCCUUAGGAUCAACCCUAAUUCUGCUAGUUGCCAUGGCAAUUUAGCUGUGUUGUAUCAUCGCUGGGGAAAGUUGGAGCUGGCAAAGAAACAUUAUGAGCUCUCUCUAAAGUUGGACCCUGAGGCUCCUGGGACCAGAGACAACUAUAACAUGCUGCGACGUAAACUGGACCAGCUUAAAAGGCAAACACCCUAAUGGUGUCUGCUGGGAACCCUACCUUACAUAAAACACACUUCUCCAUUGCUCCACUUGAUGUUGUUUUAUGUAACUAAUUCUGGCUUUGCACCAUUUUAAAAUAAAGACUGUGAUCUCUCUGUA